UGAAAAAAAGCUAAAAAUAUCCCCCGCCACUCCCACGCCGCGCUUUAUUUUGAAGGUCGCUUCACUCACUCACUCUCUCUCUCUCUCUCUCUCUCUCUUCUUCCUCCCUUCACAAACACACGCGCGCCCAAAAUCAAGGUGACCUGUUUGAAUCAUUUCUAGGGUUCCAUUUGACAUCGCACUCUCACUCAACCAUGUAAUCAGGGCGUCUUUGAAUCAUUGCAAUUCAAGAACAUUCCUUUAUUAAUUAAUUAAUUAAUUAAUUCAAAUGAAUGAUUGAGGAGGUGUUGCAUAAAAGAUUUUGGUAUGAAGACGCCGCUUUGCGCCUGAAGAUGCAAAUAUGUUGACCAAAACCAAUGCAUAGGAGGGAAUCACAUAUGAGGCAAGAUCGUACCGAAUUGGGUCAAGGUUCCAACUCUGCCCAGACGCCGUUUAAAGUUAGUUUGUUGGAACAUGUCAAGGCACUUGAUAAUUUCUCAAGCCCAAAUAAUGUUUUGAGCUCAAAUUUCCUUUUCUCCUUACCAACACAAAAACCUCAUGCUCAAGAGGCAACGGCUAUGAGCUCAAUGGCUUGUCGAAUUCAGAAUAUUGGAAGAUUACCAAGUGCACAAGUUCAAAAGGCUUGGCAUGCCCUUUCUAAUCUUCAGAUUUCUCAUAGGAACUACUCAAAACCUGGAAAAACUGUUCUAGUUAAGGAUGCUAGUUCCAGGUAUUGUCGUGAUGUUGGAAGAACUGCUACGCCAAGCUCAUGUGACAUUGAUAAGAGUCGCACACAUAUGCAAACACAUCAACACAUGAAUGGAACCAAUUCCAGGAACAGUGAAGCUGCAACUUGUUUGGGUAAUCAUUUUCCGUCGAGUAAUGUUAAUGUUGCAGAUGUGGGAAAUUUUUUUGGGGGGCAAAGUCAGGUCAGAGCAUCAAUGGUCAACAAUUUUGAUUCUCGGGUUCCAGGAGGAUCAUUUAGCAACAAUAGUGUCCAUACCAGCCAAAUAAAACACUCUGCAAAAGUUUUGGUUAAUGACAUCGAUGAUGAUGAUGAAAUACUUGAGAAUAUUGAUGUUGACCAGAUAGUGGAACAGUACCAAUCAAGUUGCACACCUCAACCAUCGAUCUCUAAGCUUCCACCCAUUACUCCAUCUAUAGAUAAAGAUAACAUUGCAAGACAAGAGGUGACUAGUUUGCCUCCAGAUUUGUGCUCAAACUGCAUUCAUGGGUUUAAGAUAGGACUUUGCCCAGAAGCUGCAAGUCAUUUGCAGGAAAUGAAGGACACGCUAAUUAUCAUAUCCAAUGAACUGCUUGAUGAUGUUAAUGAUCUCAGUCCAACGCGAAUAGAGAAGCUUCGCCAAGAUAGGUUACAGCUUAAUAAGAAGAUUCAGCAGCUCGAGAGAUAUCUUUGUAACAACUCAUUGGAUGAGGAAAGACGGAAGUCACAUUUUUCUGCAUCCACAGCAACUCCCAGGCCUUUCCAAUAUGAAACACCUCAAGCAGCUGCAUUCAGGACUGAGACCAUGAGAUUUGAUUCACAGGUUCAAUCACAAAAUGUCCCAGGAGAUUAUGAAAGAUGUAAUUCGUCAUCAGUUUCAUUCUCUUCUGUGGAUGGGUUUGGUUUCUCAUCUUGUCCUGUUGAGAGGGAACCAUACAUCCCAAAGUUUGUUGAAGUUAACUACAUUGAAGGUUCUAAUGACAACAAGUGGAGUGGUAAUAAUUUCCCAUGGACCAAAAAGCUGGAGGCCAAUAACAAGAAAGUGUUUGGAAAUCACUCCUUUCGCCUCAACCAAAGAGAGGUCAUUAAUGCUACGAUGAGUGGCUAUGAUGUUUUUGUUUUAAUGCCAACUGGAGGGGGUAAGAGCUUGACAUAUCAGCUCCCUGCCCUAAUUUGUCCAGGAGUAACAUUGGUAAUUUCUCCCCUUGUGUCACUUAUUCAAGAUCAAAUAAUGCAUUUAUUGCAGGCAAACAUUCCUGCUGCUUACCUAAGUGCCAAUAUGGAGUGGACUGAACAACAGGAAAUCUUUAGAGAGCUUAAUUCUGAAUAUUGUAAAUACAAGCUGUUAUAUGUCACCCCAGAGAAAGUUGCGAAAAGUGAUGUUCUUUUACGGCAGUUGGAGAAUUUAAAUGCUCGUCAGAUGCUUGCUAGGAUCGUUAUUGAUGAAGCUCAUUGUGUGAGUCAGUGGGGGCAUGAUUUCAGACCAGAUUAUCAGGCUCUUGGUAUCUUGAAACAGAAGUUCCCAAAUACUCCAGUGUUAGCUUUAACAGCUACUGCAACUGCUAGUGUAAAAGAGGAUGUUGUGCAAGCUCUUGGUCUUGUUAACUGCAUUGUUUUCCGGCAAAGUUUUAAUCGCCCAAAUUUAUGGUAUUCAGUUAUUCCCAAGACUAAGAAGUGUCUAGAUGACAUCGAUAAGUUCAUUAAAGAAAAUCAUUAUGAUGAAAGUGGAAUAAUUUAUUGUCUCUCAAGAAUGGACUGUGAAAAAGUUGCUGAGAGAUUGCAGGAAUGUGGACAUAAAGCAGCAUUUUACCAUGGUAGUAUGGAUCCUGCUCAGCGUGCCUUUGUCCAGAAGCAGUGGAGUAAAGAUGAAAUCAACAUUAUCUGUGCUACAGUGGCAUUUGGAAUGGGUAUCAACAAGCCAGAUGUACGCUUUGUAAUUCAUCACUCUCUCCCGAAGUCUAUCGAAGGCUAUCAUCAGGAGUGUGGUCGAGCUGGUAGAGAUGGUCAGCGUUCAUCUUGUGUGUUGUAUUACAGUUACAGUGACUAUAUUCGAGUUAAACAUAUGAUUAGCCAAGGAGUUAUAGAGCAAAGCCCAUUGGCAUCUGGAUACAAUCGUACCAAUACAGCUAAUUCUGGGAGAGUACUGGAAACAAAUACCGAAAAUCUUUUGCGCAUGGUCAGUUAUUGUGAAAACGAUGUUGAUUGCCGACGAAUUCUACAGCUUAUUCAUCUUGGAGAAAAAUUUGAUUGUACAACAUGCAAAAAGACAUGUGAUAAUUGUUUGAAGAUUAAAAGUUUCGUGGAGAAGGAUGUCACAGGGAUUGCAAAGCAACUGGUUGAACUGGUGAAGUUAACAGGGCAGCAGUUUUCGUCAUCUCAUAUUCUUGAAGUCUACAGGGGCUCCUUUAGCCAAUUUGUCAAGAAACACAGGCAUCAGACUGUGAGCUUGCAUGGAGUGGGAAAACAUCUAGCCAAGGGUGAAGCUUCCCGUGUAUUACGUCAUCUUGUUACUGAGGACCUUCUUGCGGAGGAAGUCAAGAAAAGUGAUAUUUAUGGAUCUGUAUCAUCAAUACUAAAGGUUAAUGAAUUGAAAGCGUGUGAACUUUUCUCUGGCAGGAAGACAAUUCUAAUAAGAUUCCCUUCUUCCGUAAAAGCUUCUAAACAGAAAAACUCUGAAGUGAUUUCAGCUAAAGGCUCACUGACAUCUGGGAAGCAGAGUCCUCCACAUAUUGGCACUGAACAACCUCAAUCCAAAGCAAAUUCGGAUCUAUCUACCAAAAUAUUUACUUCUUUGAAAAUGCUUCGAACUAAUCUCGUUAGAGAAUCUGCUGAUGGGGUCAUGGCAUACCACAUAUUUGCGAAUACCACGCUGCAGAACAUGAGCAGCAGAAUUCCUAGAACAAAGGAGGAACUCCUUGAAAUAAAUGGCAUUGGCAAGGGUAAGUUGGGCAAGUAUGGAGAUCGGAUACUUGAAACAAUUGAAGCUGCCAUAAAGGAAUACUACAAAACAGAUAAAAACGGCACCAGUAGCAAUGACAGUAAUGAUAUAAAGAGGAAAAGAGAUGGCAACAACAAUGGGAAUGAAACUUUUGAUGACGACGACUUCACCAAAAGCACAGAUCGGUCGAAGAAAAGGGCACCAAAGAGGCAGAACAAAACUAUUGAGGCCUAUAGUUUUGCGGAGCCAGAUUACCCCCAAUUGAUAGACGAUGAACUAGACUUAUAUGGCUAUGACUUUGAAGUGAAUGCUUCGGAUAUGAAAACUAAUCAGAAUGCUGGUGGAAGAGUGCUGCCUCAAUGGUCAACGCCUGGAAAUGGGCGACAGUGAUAAUUGUAAUCAUUGUGAGUAUUAGGGUCAUUAUUAUCAGAUAAAACUGUCUUUUCUUUUGGAUACAAUGUGAAAAAUGUGGGAGAUGAGACUCUGACGGCCUUUCACAUUUCUUCUGGCUGUUGGAACAAGGUUUCUCUGUCCCAUCUACAUCUAAUGUAUCACGUAUUAUGUGCAAUAGUUUUGUAAUACUUGCUUGCGGCAAAUUUCUGUCUUAUAAAUAUUGUUAUUAGAGAAACAUGCUUGUUUCUAGUAACUGUAUAACUACCAUGAAAUCCCUAUGUACAUGACUAAGAGUUGCAAUGGUAGUUCAACCAUAGCUGUGAGUAUUCUCUGCCUUC